AUGUGGAAGAGAUCUGAACAGAUGAAAAUACAAUCAGGAAAAUGCAACAUGGCAGCAGCGAUGGAAACAGAACAGCUGGGUGUUGAGAUCUUUGAAACCGCAGAGUGUGAGGAGAAUAUUGAAUCACAGGAUCGGCCUAAAUUGGAGCCAUUUUAUGUCGAGCGAUAUUCCUGGAGUCAGCUUAAAAAGCUGCUUGCUGAUACCAGAAAAUAUCAUGGCUACAUGAUGGCUAAGGCACCACAUGAUUUUAUGUUUGUGAAGAGGAAUGACCCAGAUGGGCCUCAUUCGGACAGGAUCUAUUACCUUGCUAUGUCUGGUGAGAACAGAGAAAAUACACUGUUUUAUUCUGAAAUUCCCAAAACCAUCAACAGAGCAGCAGUCUUAAUGCUGUCUUGGAAGCCUCUUUUGGAUCUUUUUCAGGCAACACUGGACUAUGGAAUGUAUUCUCGAGAAGAAGAACUAUUACGGGAAAGAAAACGCAUUGGAACAGUUGGAAUUGCUUCUUAUGAUUAUCACCAAGGAAGUGGAACAUUUCUAUUUCAAGCUGGUAGUGGAAUUUACCAUGUAAAAGAUGGAGGGCCACAAGGAUUUACUCAACAACCCUUACGGCCCAAUUUAGUGGAGACUAGUUGUCCCAACAUUCGGAUGGAUCCAAAACUAUGCCCAGCUGAUCCAGACUGGAUUGCUUUUAUACAUAGCAAUGAUAUUUGGAUAUCAAACAUUGUAACGAGAGAAGAAAGGAGGCUCACUUAUGUGCACAAUGAGCUAGCCAACAUGGAAGAGGAUCCCAGAUCAGCCGGAGUUGCUACCUUUGUUCUUCAAGAAGAAUUUGAUAGAUACUCUGGUUAUUGGUGGUGUCCAGAAGCUGAAACAACUCCCAGUGGCAGUAAAAUUCUUAGAAUUCUAUAUGAAGAAAAUGAUGAAUCUGAGGUGGAAAUUAUUCAUGUUACAUCCCCUAUGUUGGAAACAAGGAGAGCAGAUUCAUUCCGUUAUCCUAAAACAGGCACAGCAAAUCCAAAAGUCACUUUUAAGAUGUCAGAAAUACUGAUUGAUGCUGAAGGAAGGAUUAUAGAUGUCAUAGAUAAGGAACUAAUUCAGCCUUUUGAGAUUCUGUUUGAAGGAGUUGAAUAUAUUGCCAGAGCUGGAUGGACUCCAGAGGGAAAAUAUGCGUGGGCCAUCCUACUAGAUCGGUCUCAAACUCGCCUACAGAUAGUGUUGAUCUCACCUGAAUUAUUUAUCCCAGUAGAAGAUGAUGCCAUGGAAAGACAGAGAUUCAUCGAGUCAGUGCCUGACUCUGUGACACCACUGAUUAUCUAUGAAGAAACAACAGACAUCUGGAUAAAUAUCCAUGACAUCUUUCAUGUUUUUCCCCAAAGUCAUGAAGAUGAAAUUGAAUUUAUUUUUGCCUCUGAAUGCAAAACAGGUUUCCGUCAUUUAUAUAAAAUCACAUCCAUUUUAAAGGAGAGCAAAUAUAAACGAUCCAGUGGUGGGCUGCCUGCCCCAAGUGAUUUCAAGUGUCCUAUCAAAGAGGAAAUAGCAAUUACCAGUGGUGAAUGGGAAGUUCUUGGCCGGCAUGGAUCUAAUAUCCAGGUUGACGAAGUCAGAAAGCUGGUAUAUUUUGAAGGCACCAAAGACUCUCCUUUAGAACAUCACCUGUAUGUGGUCAGUUAUGUAAAUCCUGGAGAGGUGACGAGGCUGACUGACCGUGGUUAUUCACAUUCUUGCUGCAUCAGCCGGCAUUGUGACUUCUUUAUAAGUAAGUAUAGUAACCAGAAGAAUCCACACUGUGUGUCCCUUUACAAGCUGGCAAGUCCUGACGGUGACCCAACCUGCAAAACAAAAGAAUUCUGGGCCACUAUCUUGGAUUCAGCAGGUCCUCUUCCUGACUAUACCCCUCCAGAAAUUUUUUCUUUUGAAAGCACUACUGGAUUUACAUUGUAUGGGAUGCUGUACAAACCUCAUGAUCUACAACCUGGAAAGAAAUACCCCACUGUGCUGUUUAUAUAUGGUGGUCCUCAGGUGCAGUUGGUGAAUAAUCGGUUUAAAGGAGUGAAGUACUUCCGACUGAACACCCUGGCCUCUCUGGGCUAUGUGGUUGUGGUGAUAGACAACAGGGGGUCCUGUCACCGAGGGCUUAAAUUUGAAGGCGCCUUUAAGUAUAAAAUGGGUCAAAUAGAAAUUGACGAUCAAGUGGAAGGACUCCAGUAUCUAGCCUCUCAAUAUGAUUUCAUUGACUUAGAUCGUGUGGGCAUCCAUGGCUGGUCCUAUGGAGGAUACCUGUCCCUAAUGGCGUUAAUGCAGAGGUCAGAUAUCUUCAGGGUUGCUAUUGCUGGGGCCCCAGUCACUCUGUGGAUCUUCUAUGAUACAGGCUACACGGAACGUUAUAUGGGUCACCCUGACCAGAAUGAACAGGGCUAUUACUUAGGAUCUGUGGCCAUGCAGGCAGAAAAAUUCCCCUCUGAACCAAAUCGUUUACUACUCUUACAUGGGUUCUUGGAUGAGAAUGUUCAUUUUGCACACACCAGUAUAUUACUGAGUUUUUUAGUGAGGGCUGGAAAGCCAUAUGAUUUACAGAUCUAUCCUCAGGAGAGACACAGCAUAAGAGUUCCUGAAUCUGGAGAACAUUAUGAACUGCAUCUUUUGCACUACCUUCAAGAAAACCUUGGAUCACGUAUUGCUGCUCUGAAAGUGAUAUAA